GGUCACAUUGCAUACAUAAACAACAAUUGAUUUUUUCGCCAGCAGAAAAAAUGUCUCUGGCUGCUAAGAAAAUUGCCGAGGCAGAGGAACUUGUCCGUACCGCGGAGAAGAGCCUGAAAACGUCCCUGUUGAAGUGGGUGCCCGACUACGACAGUGCGGCUGACGAAUACUCGAAGGCGGCAACUGCAUAUCGAAUAGCUAAAUCGUUUGACAAAAGCAAGGAAUGCUUUCUCAAGGCAAUUGAGUGCCACAAGAACAACAAAGCGUGGUUCCAUGCCGCCAAGUGUUACGAGCAGAUCUUCUUGUUGGCCAAGGAAACGAAUACAUUGACGGAUGUGGAGGAAUAUGCCAGCAAGGCGUGCAGCUUGUACCAGCAUCAUGGAUCGCCCGAGGCAGCAGCAGCAGCAUUGGACAAAGCGGCCAAAUUGACGGAGCAAAAGCAUCCGGAAUUGGCACUACGCUUCUAUCAGCAAGCAGUCGAGGUGAUUCUUAUCGAGGACUCGACACGCCAAGCAGCUGAAAUUUGCUCAAAAAUAUCUAGAUUGCUGGUGAAGCUCAAGCGUUAUGAUGAGGCGACAACUGCGCUUAAAAAAGAGAUAGGCUUGAAUCAGCAAACCGAAUCGUAUGGCCAAAUCGGUCGUCUGGUUGUCGCACUUACACUCGUCCAGUUGGCCCGGGGCGACCCGGUGGAAGCGGAGAAAUCAUUCAAGGAAUGGGGCAGCUGUUGUGAACCCGAGGAAGUGCAAACAUUGAGUGCAUUACUGCAAGCCUUUGACGAUGAGGAUCCGGAGCUGGCUGCCAGAAUGCUGCAUGCUCCAUUCAUUCGACACAUGGAUGUGGAAUAUGCGAUUCUAUCCAAGAACAUUCCAUUGCCAAAAGGCAUUGAAAUCCAAAAAAAAAUUGACGAUGCCAAUCCUAACCAGAUGGAGGAGGAGGAGGACGAUGGCGAGGGCUUGUGUUGAGAUAUCACGUAUUUUAUUGUUAUUUAACUAAUAAUCACCUAAUUAUUCAAUUAAUGCAAUUUACAAUGUAAUUGUUAACAUAAAUAUACUUAAUAAAAUGCUGUUUAAAGUCCUUAUCUUAUUAAAUGCUAAA